AUGCCUCUCUCCGGACACUGCCUCUGCAAAGCCGUCACAUACACCGUGGACGUUGACGCUCCUCUGGUCACUGGCUAUGACCACUGCGAUGACUGCCAACGCCAGAGUGGCUCAACCUACUCUCUUGUCGCUGUUGUCCCCAAGGACAAGCUGACUAUCCAAGGCCCCACCAAGAGCUGGGCUGGAAAGGGUUCCUCCGGCCUCGCCGUCCACCGUAUCUUCUGCUCUGAGUGUGGUUCCCCGAUCGCCCACGACCCUGAUGCAGCUCCUGAAAUCAUUGCCAUCAAGGCUGGCACCUUGGACACUGAGAUCAAGAAGAACCUGAAGCCCGACACCGAGAUCUGGACCGUUGGCAAGCUUCCUUUCUGCCAGGAGAACCUUGCCCGCCCAUUCAAGCACAUGCCCGAUAACCGAAGGAUCUUUGUCGGCAAGGUGAUACAACCUAUCUUGUGGGUUUGUCACAUGUGCUUCACAAUGUCUGGAACUCUAUUCAUCCACGAUUCACGCACUUAUGUGAAUUACGAGAUUCCCAUUAACCAAAACUCAGUACGAGCGAUUGACCUUCAGCGUAUCCGAGCGCCUUCGCUCAACAGCAACCACGCAGACCAACUUGCGCAUGGAUUGCGUGUCUAUGAUCCUGGACUGCAGAACACUGCAGUGACACAAUCGGCUAUCAGUUUCUCUGACCACGAGAAUAGUCUACUUCUGUAUCGAGGGUACACCCUAGACCAACUCUGGGGAUGUGACUUUGAAGAAAUGUUCCAUCUGCUGCUAUGGGGCAAAUAUCCCACAGCGAGUCAAUCCGAAGAGCUACGUCAGAGACUAGCACAGUAUAUGCAAGAGGUCCCUGAUAUUGUGCGCCAGACUAUCUUUAAUCUCCCAAAGACGACCAGCCCACUGCCGCUAAUAAUAGCCGGCCUUUCAGCUUACCUUGCCUGUAUACUCGAUGUGAUCCCAGCAACCACAAAUGCGACAGUCUUCCAAACAGACUUCAAACGAGCUGACCAAGUUAUCCUCCAAACCGCUGCUGCCUAUGCCGUUGUCUUUGGAGCCGUACGAUCCCAUCGGAUAGGCAUUCCCUGGAGGAGUCCAUCUCCCCACCAAACCUACUACGAGAAUCUAUUCACAAUGGCCGGCCUCGUUGACCCAGAGACAAACCGCCCUGAUCCUAUACGCGUAUCCUGCUUCCGUCGCUUUGGAAACCUCAACGCCGAGCACGGAAUGGCUCUAUCAGUCUUCUCAGCCCUAGUGACUGCCUCAUCUCUAACUGACCCUGUAUCCUGUCUGAUAUCUGCCGUGGCCGCUGCCCAUGGUCCCCUACACUUCGGCGCAACAGAGUCGGCUCAACGCGCUCUCCACGACAUCGGAGAAUUAGAGAAUGUCCCAGCCUUUAUCGAAGAAAUAAAAGCCGGAAAGCGAAAAUUAUUCGGGUACGGUCAUCGCACUUAUAAAGGAAUGGACCCACGUGUGCGUCCUAUCCAGAGCAUCCUGAAAGAUUUGGCCUAUGUGCAUCAACCACUAUUGAAAGUUGCCGAAGCAAUCGAGGAGACUGCUGCAAAAGAUGAUUACUUUAGUGCACGGGGUUUAUACCCAAAUGCGGAUUUCUACGGUCAGUUUGUCUUUACUGGAAUCGGGUUUGAACCUGAUAUUAUUCCAGCAGCGAUGCUUGCGCAUCGUAUUAUGGGUAUUAUGGCACACUGGAGAGAGUACAUGGUCACUCGCGGCAAACUGUUUCGACCUACUCAUCUGUAUACGGGAUACACUGAGCUGAAUCCCGAUCCCAGAGCUAAGAUAUAG